AUAUCUUAUGCACAAUUCAUCACGACUAACAACACACAUAUAGAGUGAAAGGUAGCAUAUUUGUUAAACCGCACUUACUUUAGGAAGAAGAGCUACUCCUGACUAACCAAUAUAUAAAGGAAAAUGGCUAGGAUCAACAUGGUUCAUCUCACUCUUGCUUUUGGCCUUCUUGGAAAUAUUGUCUCGUUUAUGGUAUUUCUCGCACCCAUACCGACAUUUUAUAAAAUUUACAAAAAGAAAUCGACAGAAGGGUAUCAAUCAGCGCCUUAUGUAGUGGGCUUAUUCAGUGCGAUGCUUUGGAUAUAUUACGCAUUUCUCAAGACCAAUGUCAUGCUUCUCAUCACGAUUAACUCAGUUGGGUGUAUCAUCGAGACAUUGUACAUAUGCUUUUUUCUCUUCUACGCACCAAAGAAGGCUCGGAUGGAAAGUUUGAAGCUAAUCAUAUUGCUAGUCAUAGUUGGAUUCGGAUUGAUUGUUUUCUCAACCCAGUUCCUUGUAAGCGGAGUUAACCGUGGGGUGAUAGUUGGAUGGAUUUGCCUUGUGUUUUCUUUAUGUGUUUUUGUAGCACCAUUGGGAGUUCUCCGAGAAGUGAUUAAAACAAAAAGUGUAGAGUACAUGCCUAUUCUAUUAUCAGUAGCACUUACGGUUAGUGCCGUAAUGUGGUUCUUUUAUGGUCUUCUUCUAGGUGACUUCAAUAUUGCGAUUCCAAACGUACUUGGAUUCACCUUCGGUAUUAUUCAAAUGACAUUGUACUUUGCAUACAAGAAUAAGACGCUCAUUACCAACGAAAAAGUAUAUGAUUUUGAAGAGAAAACUUAUCCUAUCAGUGAAAUGGUGGAGCAGGAAAUAAAAGAUCACAAAACGAUAGAUGUGGUAAAGCGGAGUGCUGUAAUGUGUUCUGAUAUUCUUCCGGUGGUUGCCAAACUCAAAGAAAAAGAAAAUGAUGUUGGUCACGUAGCUGUUGAACCACAUGCUCACACAAGUGUCCCGAAUCACAUCAUUGAAGUCGCUGUAUGAGAUCGAAAUCUAUAUAACUUAUCAUUUUCACUAGGAAAAAACAAAAUGAGCAGAUGUGUGGUUUCUGUACAUUCCCUAGAAAUAUGUCUACUUCGCUGCACUGAAAUUAAUGUUCAUCAAUAUAAACUUGUUUGAGGUUUCAAAA